AUGGCGAACAAGAUGCUUUCGCGCGCCAGGGAGUGGGAUUUCGACAUUGAUCGCUAUCUUAAUCGCGUUGUUGUUCCGUCACCGUUACAUAGGCUUCCGGCUCCCGUAUCGAGGUUUCUGGGGUAUAGGAAGGAGACGCGGCAGGACGUUGGGAAUGUGCUGGGGGCGUUUUGGUCGUUGGUCGGCGCGUUCUGUGGUUUGGCAGUUGUGGCUGGUGUGUUUAACAAUACUGGGAGCAUUCAGUGGCAUCAUCCGCCUGCGUUGAUUGCUUCUUUUGGUGCCUCUGCUGUUCUGGAAUACAACUCUAUCCGCUCACCUCUUGGUCAACCACGGAACGCCAUACUCGGUCAUGCAUUAUCAGCACUUAUCGGUGUUAGUAUAUCGAAGCUUUUCCAGUAUCAUUCAGAUUACGAAUCCAUCAAAUGGAUUGCUGGCGCCACAGGUUGCGGCUGCGCAUCGGCCGUGAUGCUUUUGACCAACACCGUACACCCACCUGGUGGCGCAUCCGCUGUGCUGGCGGCCACUGAUCCCAUCAUCACAGCUAUGGGCUAUUAUUUUGUCGGCCUGGUCAUGUGGGGUACUACCUUGAUGGUGAUAGUCGGACUGAUCAUAAACAACAUUCAGCGACAAUUCCCGGUCUACUGGUGGACGCCACUGGAUGUGCGCAAGGCGAAAGUCGAAGACGAGGAAGUAGUUCCAGAUGCAAGAGGCGGGAUAGAACGAAAGAAGACCAUUGAAGAGCAACAUUAUGAUCAAGAUGGCGACCGCAUCGAGAUCAACGGCGCCGAAGUCAUAUUACCAGAUGACAUGAGCUUGAACGCGGAGGAGACUGCAGUAUUAGAAAGGCUGCGAGAGCGGCUGAGAAAGAGGACUGAUUCAGAAAGGGGACAAAUAUCAGAGAAAGAAGACACAGACAGUGGAACGUGUAGUACUCGUGUGCCGAGCUGCAGUGAGACUAGGAGCAGCCGUUCUGGUAUAUAG